AGAAGAAAGUGUUUGUCUGCGCUUGCGCAACUUUCUCAGCUGUGUGUAGGUGCCCCGCACACAGUUCAGAGUAUUUACCCGGGUGUUUAAAACCACGGACAGAAAGUCAACAUGGGAUACAAACGACGAGCGAAAUACUUUGGUCAUUUCCUUUAGUCUGUAUUUGUUUCUCUAGUCUGUUUUCCUCUUAAUUUGUUUUAUUUAUAUCAUUGAGGCGGAGGCGGGAUGCAAAACUCAGACGGAGCUGAAAAGUGUCGACAGUCGCUGGUUUUCUUUGACUUGGAGACAACUGGUCUGGAUCAGAGUUGUGAAAUCGUCCAGCUGGCUGCGGUGAGCGGAGGUCACUCCCUCAAUCUCUACGUCAUCCCUCGAUGUCGGAUGCAGCCAGGAGCCGCCAAAGUCACCGGCUUCAGGGUUCGCAGACACAGACUGUACCUCCAUCGCCAGCUCGUCCUCACCAACUCCCUGAGAGAGGUCCUCGUCUCCUUCAUAGCUUUCCUGCAAAUGCUCGAACGCCCCCUUGUCGUCGGCCACAACAUUCGGCGCUUUGACUGUCGCCUGCUGGCUCGAGCUCUGGACGAACUUGACCUCAGAGCAGAGUUUGACUCUUCGAUCUCAGGCUGCGUCGACACUCUGCUGCUGACUCGGGAGAUGCUGAAGGACCGCGACCUCAAGAGUUUUCGACAGGAGAACCUGGUCAGGGAGUUACUGGGUGUGGACUACAAGGCCCAUGAUGCUUUGGAGGAUGUGCGGGCAUUACAGGCUCUGUACAGUGUGCUUCAGCCCACACCUGAGUUGAUCCACAGGCACAGAUUUACUCUGGACACCAUGAAAAACAAACCUGCUGUUAAAGCUGCUAAAUCCAAAGUGGCCUGUGCUCCUCCACAACAGCGCCCUCUGUGGGAGCACUUCAGAAAGACAGUGAAGCUCACAGGAGACAAAGCAGAGGAGCAUGAGGAAGAACCCAAAUCAGUGACGUACAAUGAGAUAAUUACACAGGCGACUGGCAGCUUGGUGGAUAGUAGAACACAUAAAACAUGACUGAAGAGAAAUCACCUCCAACAUCCUCUUUAGUGACCCAAAGAGAAACAAAAUGAACAAAUGUGCAAAAAUAUGAUUCCAGCAGGACUGAAUGCAGCACUUACUUUAGGUUGUGAUGGCCUUUAUUUCUUUUAGACAUCCCUGGCUUUGGAUUUGGAUUUGUCAAUCUGAGGUCUACGAUCUGUAAGUGUCAACCUUUCAAAAAAAAAAAACCCACAUGCACUUUAGAGGAAGAGAAGGACGAGGUUGUUGACAUCUUGGUCUGUAGCUGCUCUUGUGGUUGAUCAAAGGGAACCUUAAGAUUACUGUCUGUUGGGUCUUCACUUAUAGAUGACUGUUAUCUGCAUAAAGUGCACUUUGUAUAAAGCCAACACUUACACGUCUGUUAAUGAGAUACUAAAGAGUGAAGAUUUCAAGUAUGUGUCUCUAACUUCUAUAAACAGCAGAACUUGAUUUUCAGUCACCACUGUUUGUUACUGAGAAUGUUUUUAGUUCUUUUUUUCUGAAUUCUCUUCAAGUUUUUGGUGAGCUCUAGUGAUGUUUUUUUAAGUUUAUAAAUGUGUUAAUAAAUAAUGUAUAUUUGCA